AUGAAUAGUGAUGAUGAACUUUAUUGCGAACAAAUUGAAACAAAUAUAUGUGAUGAGAAUGAAUUUCGAUGUCGAAAUGGUCUUUGUAUUAAUCGUCAAUUUCUAUUUGAUGGUCAAGGUGAUUGUACUGAUCUAACCGAUGAACAAAGUCUACUUGUGAUUAAGAAAUAUCAUAAUUUUGAACAUUGCUUUGAACAAGCAACGUUUGAUUGUGACGAACAUUGGUGUGGACGUGAGAUGAUUUCAUGUGGUGACGGUGAAUGCAUUCCAUGGAAUCAACGAUUUUGGAAUGGAUUUGAUUGCAGUAACUUUUAUACGCAUGUAUACAAUUGUGAAUUAGAAGAGCGUGAUGCAAAAAGCAUCAAUUUCAGUAUUACUGACAAUUAUGGACGAUGUACAAUGAAUAUUACUGAAUUCAAUGCUAAUAAUGAUCCAUGUUUGUUAAUGAUCAAAUGUGCUGUUACCUUGCAUCCGUCUUGUCAAUCAAUUGGCAUGUUUUUCACUGAAGGAAAAGAUGCAUACGCAUAUGCAUGCGAAUUAUGUCAAAAUCGCACAUUAGUUGAUUAUGCUUCAGGAACCACUUUUUUGUCCCCGUUUAUACGCGCUUACUACACACCUAAACAAUUCGAAAUAUACAGUCCCGACUUUUUUUCGAAGAUGAAAGUUCGACAACCUGGUUUGCUCUGCUUAAUAGGCGAGCAUAUGUGUCGAGGUAUUAAAGUCAUUCAUAAUGGUUCAACAUGUUUUCAAUAUAAUGACAUAUUCGAGCAGAGUUAUCCAUUUUCACCAUAUGACUAUCUAUUUUGUCAAUCGGUUAAUCAUUCUGUCACUUAUUGUGUAAGCACUACUUUCUUCUAUCGUUGUCAAACAUCAGGUGAAUGUAUUUCGAAGCAUCGUUUAUUCGAUGGAUUUGUCGAUUGUUUCGAUGCAUCUGAUGAAAAUAAUACAGAAGCACUCAAUUCUCUAUUACCAUUAUUUAUGAAAGAUCGAUACAAUUGUUGGAUAAAGCAACAAAGUAAUUUAAGUCAAUGGAGUGGGAAUUGUAUUAAUCCUGAAUGGAAAUGCAAUAAAAUAUGGGAUUAUACUGAUGGAAGCGAUGAAUAUGACUGUAAUCGUACGAAAUCAUAUCCAAUACCUGAUUGUUUAUUGUUAGACAGCAACAAAAUAAUUCCAUUAAAUGCGACUAAUACGAUGGCUGGUAAUGGAAUUGUUGAGUGUUCUGGAGGUAUUGAUGAACGAGUAACAUUUUCAUGUAAUGAUGGAUUUCCACUCAAUGAACGAUUUCUUUGCAACGAUCAAAUCACAUGUUUAAAACCAAUGGAUCUAUGUAACCACAAUAUAGACUGUCCUACAGGCGAAGAUGAGAGUGAAUUUUGGUGUGGUCCAAGACCUUCUUUCAAUACAUCUGUUUGCAAAGCAAAAGAAUUCAAUUGUCUAGAACAAAAUGAUACUGGUCCUUGCAUACCAGACGAAGAUCGAUGUAAUGAUGAACGUAAGUCUUGUUUAAUCUUUCAUCGAGAUAAACAUAUGUGUAUACACCGACGAAAAUA